UGUAUUGCUUUUCAUUUCUAGAGUACCAUUCACAACGCCCUGGAUAGAUACGCUCCAAACAAUGACUGGGGCUUCUUUUCGGCCCACAAACCCCGUCGUGAGAGUGCCUCCAGAGUUGACGAAUUCUUCGAAAGCAGCGAUGGCAUCAGUACAGCUCUCAGUUUAGAGAACAUUGACGCCUUGCUGGAGCUGAUGACGCAGAAACCUGAACAGAUCUUGCACAACAAAGUUAUGAAAUCCACGACAUCGCGGUCAUUUACAAACUCAGUGCCUUCACAAGCUAAAGGGAUGAGCACAAACGCACAUUCGAUGAACUUCUUGGACUACUCUGGCGAAUCUCCCAAUUUGCCUGGACUGUUUGACAGUGUGACGCCACCUUAUCAGAGUCCAGCACCCGCCUGUAAUAUCAAAAGUGAAGUUAUAACAGACUCAAUCCCUUAUGCUUCACCAGAAUUCUCAUCGUUGUUAGACGUUAGCCAACCAGAUCAAGUGAUUGUGAAAAGAGAACCUUGUACAUUAGAAAAUAAGCAAUCUCAGCAAUAUUCCACUGUAAUGUCCGCUCAACAGACUUAUCUGGAACAUUUUUCAUUGUCUAAAUUGAUGAUACCACCUUUAACGCCACCCGGUUCUGAACCGGGUAGCAAUGAUUCCAUAGACUCACUAUCCAUGGGAGCGACUCCUCCGCCUUAUUCGAGUCCUUCUCUUUCCGCUAGGUUAGAGAUCAGAGAUGACCUACCAUAUCUAAAACCCGCCUACAAUCGUCGUAACAAUCCUGAAUUAGAAAAGAGGCGCACUCACCAUUGUUCUUUCGCAGGUUGUACGAAGGUUUACACGAAAAGCUCACAUCUUAAAGCUCAUCAAAGAAUACAUACGGGAGAGAAACCUUAUCGCUGCACUUGGGAAACAUGCGACUGGCGAUUUGCUAGGUCAGAUGAAUUAACUCGCCAUUACAGAAAGCACACAGGAUCAAAACCUUUCAAAUGUAAAGUAUGUGAUCGUUCAUUCGCCCGAUCAGAUCAUCUUGCUUUGCAUAUGAAGCGCCACCUGCCGAAAAACAAAUGAAAUGCAUCUGAAACAACGGAACCCUUUCAUCGCUUGAUAAAUAUGCUCGUCAUUUAAUUGUAACUUGAGAGCGUUUUUGUGAAAAAGAAAACAAACGGGUGUGGUCUGAAUGGAAUUUUAAAAAAAGAAAUCUCGAGACUUAUGUUGAAGCUCACAGCUUUUUUUUUUUUUCCUUUCACGUGGAAUUGAAUUUCAAUGACUUGGAAGAUAGUUCAAACAAAAA